AUGUCCAAGUUCGGUGUCCUGGUUAUGGGCCCUGCGGGUGCAGGCAAGACCACUUUUAGCAACUCCCUCAUCCAGCACCUGCAGAGCACCCGCCGCAGCUGCUUCUACGUCAACCUCGAUCCGGCCGCCGAGAACUUUGCCUACCAGCCCGACCUCGACAUCCGCGAGCUCAUCACCCUCGAAGAUGUCAUGGAAGAGCUGGGCCUGGGUCCUAACGGCGGCCUCAUCUACUGUUUCGAGUUCCUCCUCCAAAACCUCGAAUUCCUGACCGAAGCCCUCGACCCGCUGAGCGAGGAAUACCUGAUCAUCUUCGACAUGCCCGGCCAGAUCGAGCUUUACACACACAUCCCUCUCCUCCCAUCAUUAACGCAGUUCCUUUCCCGUCAAGGACCCCUGAAUAUCAACCUCUGCGCCGCCUACCUCCUCGAAAGUACCUUCGUCGUCGACAAAGCCAAGUUUUUCGCCGGCACCCUCAGCGCCAUGUCGGCCAUGCUGAUGCUGGAAAUUCCUCAUGUCAACAUUCUCAGCAAGAUGGACCAGGUGCGGGAUAUGGUGACGCGUCGGGAAUUGAGGCGGUUCGCCAAUGUCGAUGUGCAACUUUUACAAAAAGAUGACGAGGAUGUCGGGGCUCCAGCCAAUCCUAUGGCGAAGGAUGCUUUGAUGAGCGGUGGCUCGUUCAACCAGCUCAACCGGGCGGUGGCACAGUUGAUUGAUGAUUUCAGCAUGGUCUCGUUCCUGCAGUUGGAUGUUUCGGACGAGGACAGCGUUGCGGGUGUUCUGAGCCAUAUUGAUGAUGCCAUUCAAUACCACGAGGCUCAAGAGCCUAGGGAGCCCAAGGAUGAGCAAGAGGUGAAUUACGAGGAAUAA